GAGAACCGCGCACUUUAAUGAGAUCAAGUAAAUAAGUAAGAUUUUAAAAUGCAAAUAUUUAAAUAAAAAUGAGUUCAGAGGAAUGGAAGAGACCAAAAGCGGUGUAUUAGAAGUGUUACAAAGCCAGUUGGACUUUUUCCAUCAAUGUGUGUGGAUCACUGACUGUGACCAGGGGUACAUGAAGAAGCUGUGAGACCAGCAUACUGUUUGGAAACCACCUGGCCUGAUAUGACAAAAUGACAGUAAUCCUGCGAUUGCAAGGCCUUGAUGUGAAAGCAGGUACAGAAGAUAUAAGGAAAUUCUUUCAAAGUUUUCACAUACCUGAUGGUGGAGUGUACAUAGUGGGGGGAAGUCUCAGAGAAGCUUUUAUUGCGUUUACCACUGAAAGAGAUGCUCGGCUUGCCAUGCAGCACAAUGAUAGUUUCCUGAAAGGGUCUAAGGUGACUUUACACAUAAGCAGCAUGGCAGAACUGGAGCACAAAUUAAAGACACUGAUAAAGAAGAAGAAAGCCUCCCCCACCCAGUUGACUGCCAAGAGACGUCAGCCAAGUCCAGAUGUAAAUCUGCCAUCUAUGAAUGCAUUGCCUCAUGAUCACAAUAAUGCAAAUCCAUCACCUACUACUGCACGGCCAGUUGAUCCCCGCACUGCAAAUUUGCCACAGCCUCCUUAUCCCAAGAAGUCUUCUGCAAAUCUGCACAUUUCAGCUGUGAACUCACUUGAUUCCAAUACUGCCUUUCUUCUUGGGAUUUGUACUGUCCUUCAAGGACUCCAGUCAUCCCAUCAAAGAGAAAACAACGAAGCAGGGCCAAGAGUUGAUUUCCCCAAGGCUGAUAGCACAGUUGAAUUUUCCGAUGCAGUGAGGACACCAGAGCUAACUCUGAACUCAGAGCCUGGCUAUGUCAGGCUCUUUGGUCUGCCAGCCUCAGCUACAAAAGAAGACAUCUGCCAUUUUUUCAGAGAGUUGACGGUACAGGAAGCCAUAGUGAAUGUGAAGUUGGGUCUUCGCCAUUGCUGCCUUGUGAAGUUUGCAAACACGCAGGAUGCAUAUGAUGCUCUUCACUUCAACCAACAGUCACUGGGCAACAGCUGUGUGGAGGUACGUGGAGCAACUGAGAAGAUGUGGACCAGUGCCCUGCAAGAAUGUGAAAGUGCGCUUGGUGAUGAGGAGAGCGUGAAACCCUACCAAAACCCUCUUAGGGAAACUGCAAACCACAAACAAAAAUCUGCUUCUGCACUGCUGAUGAAGAGGCGAUCUGUCAACCAAUUACCAUGUAAAUCACCAAAGAAGCCAAGACCAGAGUAUGACUCAGCAACUACCUUUUCACCAAGUAUGGAGUACAUUGUCAUGGUCAGUAAUCUACCCAAAAAGAUGACCAAGACUGAAAUAAAAGAAUUGUGUGGAUGUCCAAACAUCGUACACAAAAAUGUACUCCAUUUGCUUGACAAGGAAGGCAACAGAACAGACACAGCUUUUCUUAUUUUUAACUGCAUUGAAGACUAUGAAUAUGCAAUGAAUCUCAGUGGGUGCCAUGUUGGCUCUGACACCAUUAAGGUAUCAUCAAUUACCAAGAAGCUGAUGAGGGACAUGAUGGCCAAAACACAUCCCAUUAGGCUUAAGCAUCAUCUGAAGAUGGACACAAAGAAGAAACCAAAUGGAAAGAGCAAAUCAGGUACAGUUGGGACAUCAGAAGAGAAACCAAGCAUCAACCCAGACUCAGCUGUUCAGGCGUGCCUGUUUGUUAGAAACAUGCCUGGAAAUGUGCAGAAGUGUCAAAUAAAAAAUCUUUUCUACAAAUACAAACUGAAGGAGGAUAAUAUCAUCUUGCUCCGUGACAGUGGUGGCAGGAGUACUGGUGAGGCUGUGGUUAAGUUUAAGUCACAGAAGCAUGCGGCUCUGGCUCAUGGGCUCCAUGGACAGGACUUCCUGGGGACAGAAGUACUUCUUACCCGCAUAAAUGUGAAGCAGAUGGAGGACAUCUUGGCAAGAAGUGGUGGAGAAAUGGAACAUUAAUUCUGCAAUGCCGACACCGUGGCCAAAGAGUCAUUUUGAGAUCUUCAUUUUAUCUUGGAAAAAGUUUGUUUUCCGUCCAAGAUGUUUAACUGCAUCAACCUGCUGACUUACUAAAUGUUAUGUUCUGUUAUAACCAUUAAUGACUUCAUAUUCUCUCUGUGAAUAUUCUGUUCAUUUUUUAAAUAAAUAUUUA